UUUUUAUUUUUAUGAUUAUAUUGUAACACAAAUAUAAUAAAUCUUUUGAAAAAUUAUAUUAAUUUCUUAAUAUGUUUAAGUUUAAUGAUGAGUUUUAUGCACAUAUUAUUCGAAUGUUUUUAUUUGAUACUUGCAAUUUUACUUGUAAAAUUUGUAAAAUAAACUAUUUUUGUAAUAUAAAAUAAAUUAUUUUUAACGAAGAUUAUUGAAUAUUUUUUAAAUUCAAGAAUUUGACCUCACAACCUGUUCAAAAUCAAUGCUCUAAUAUGGAUUCUAUUACUAACAGAUAUAUAAUUUGAUAGUUAACUGACUUAAUAUAUAGCAUACAUACAUACCAACAGCAAAUUGAGGAUUAUCUUCGGCUGAUCUUAGUCGGAAGCCAUUUAAGUCUGGAUUUAAAUGGAUUAAGGUUUUAUAAAUUUGAAUCACCGCAAUGUAUAUAAAGAUUCAACGUUAUAAAGAAGUGAAGUAAAGUCAAGAACUGAUAGAUCAACAUGUUCAAUAGAAGCAUUCAUUGGGAGGCAAGAGUUCUGUCAGCAGAGCCAUCACGAUUAUUAGGAUGGAAUAUCCCUGCUGAGGAAUUGAUCUAUAUACCGGAACAUUGGCUGAUCUUUCCUGAACCCAAUCCCUCCCUUCACUAUUUACUGGCCAUUGUGUACAUACUUUUCACCUUUGUAGCGUUACUCGGAAAUGGACUGGUUAUCUGGAUAUUUUGCUCUGCCAAAUCGUUAAGAACACCUUCAAAUUUGUUAGUGAUAAAUCUAGCAUUUUGCGAUUUUUUCAUGAUGCUCAAGGCACCUAUAUUUAUAUAUAAUUCCUUCAAUACUGGAUUUGCUACUGGUCAUUUAGGAUGUCAGAUUUUUGCCUUUAUUGGCUCGCUUAGUGGAAUUGGAGCUGGCAUGACAAAUGCUGCCAUUGCAUAUGAUAGAUACAGGUAUUAUAGAAUCAUCAAGUAAAGAUAAAAAAAAUUUAUUAUAAUAUAUGUGAUAACUAUGCAUUUUUAUAUAAUUGAACUCUUGGAUUUAUAUAAAUCUGAGAUCAAAAGAGGAAGGUCAUUAAAGUUGUUUUUUUAGCUCCAUUCAGAUUGGGCUUAUAUUGGAGGCCAAAUUGAUUUUUUAGAUAUACCUUAUAUUUUCCUUAAAUCUUUUAUAAUUAUGUAAUAACUAAAAGUACUUUUUAAAUACAUGCUCUUAAAAUUAAUUUUUACAUAUAUUUUAAGACGUGACCUCAUUGUUAGUGAGUGUUGUUUCUGAUAAGCUUCUCUAUUUUCACUUUGUCACAAUUUUCACAUAUAAAUACAAGGAUUUAAAAAAAUCUUUGAGAAUAAUCAUUCUACUCGAGUAUGUUGACAAUAAAAUUCAGUCCUGAAUACAAAUAUUUCUUGAUUUAUCGAUUUAUAUUAUAAAGGCAUCAGAGUAGAAUAUAAAAUGUUAUUGUUGUU